CUCGAGUAACUUACUUUUUGAAUUAAAUAAUCGUUUUCAUAGUUGAGUGAAAUGUUAAAGUUUAAGUAUGUAAAAUAUAUUUUGUAGAAAAAUUAUAAAUUAAUCAUUAAUAAUUCUAAAAACCCUGUAUACGUCGGCAGCACAUAAGUAUACAAGUUAUACAAACACAUUACAAAAAAGUGAAAGAUCCGCACAAUAAACGUAACUUGGUCAUUCGAUUACUAAAUUUUAUUCUUCAUAUUUUUUUCAUACCGGGCGCCUUAUAUGAAAAUCGAUUUUUAAGGAAUAAACUCCAAUAAAUUGAAUUCUAAUAAUCGAUAAAAUAUGAAGACCAAUUAAAAAAAGAUCCAUCAAAUUCUAUAUACAAUAUAUCGCAAAAUCGAUAAAUAAUGAUGAAAGUAGCGUAGAUGUAAAUCAACAGUAUAUUGUUUUUCCCGUAUAAUGGCUACGCUCGAAUGAUACACGAAUUUUUGUUCUGCCCGGCUUUCACACCAAGCUCAACAAGCUGGUAUAUCAACGUACAAAAUUCUAGUGACCGUAGCUAAUUGAAAUGACAAAAGGGAUCCACGGGAGUGGAUUAUUAAUGUAAAGGAAACUGCUAGCUAGCUAGCUACCCACCCACCCUUCGGUUCACAUAUUUAUAGCCCUUCCUGCUAAUGUUGAUAAUUUGAAAUUUUGUUAAAUGACAGUGUGUGACAGUAAGGUUGUGAUAGAUACAAAAUACAAAAAAUAAAGAUAGAAAAAAAGAAGAAAUAAACAAGGAGGAAAGCAUAGGAAUUAGGUGGAUAUUAAAAAGAUCAUUUCUUAAGAAGCAAACAAAAGUGUGAUCCUUAUGGUUGCCUAUUGUUGAGUAUUGGUGAACAACCCCCAAUGAAGUAUCACUGGCAUGGCCACACGACUGAGCCCCCGAAAUUCGGAAGUAAACGCACUUGAACAGAGGGGCUAUUUGAUUGGCAAGAAAAUCGGACAGGGUUCCUAUGCGACUGUACAUUUGGCUGAAUAUGUCGACGGGACAAGUUCGAAAAAAAUGCGAUUGGCUUGUAAAAUCUUUGACAAGGAAAAAGCACCGCCCGAUUUUCUCGAGAAGUUUUUUCCUAGGGAAUUAGAGAUAUUAACGAAGAUAGAAAACCCUCAUAUUAUUCAAGUGCACAGUAUAUUGCAACGUGGACCAAGAGUCUUCAUCUUCAUGCGUUAUGCGGACAAUGGUGAUCUAUUGGAUUUCGUAACAAGAAAUGGUGUUGUACCAGAACAACAAUCAAAAUUAUGGUUUCGUCAAAUGGCAUCGGGAUUGCAAUAUCUUCACAGCAAGAAUAUAGCACAUCGAGAUUUAAAAUGCGAGAAUAUUCUCUUGUCGAGAAAAUUUAACGUUAAACUCGCUGAUUUUGGAUUUGCGAGAUUUUGCAUAGAUCACGAAGGUAGACGAGUAUUAAGUAGAACUUAUUGCGGAUCUGCUGCUUAUGCUGCACCUGAAGUUGUUUCGGGUACACCGUACAAUCCUAAAUUAGCUGAUGUUUGGUCACUCGGUAUCAUUCUUUUUAUCAUGCUGAAUGCAUCGAUGCCUUUCGAUGACUCCAAUUUGAGAAAACUUCUGAAAGAUCAAAUGUCGAGGAAUUGGGUAUUCAGAUCUCGAGUACGAGAAGCUGUUUCCACCUCAGCGAAGAGUAUUGUUAGACAUAUCCUUGAACCGGAUAUCACCCUUAGACUAACUCUUGACAGAGUACUUGGUCACGAAUGGGUACGCACCAAAAAGGAAAAAAUCAAUUCUCUUACAGGCAGACUCGUUCAUUCGGCACCACCCAUUCAUCCACAGAGAAUGUAUAACGGUAUAAGUAAAUAG